CUUCGAAAAAUGUAGUAGGAAACUGUAUGGCGGCCACAACCACGUACGAAUGUGCUUCAUCUAAUUUCACGCCGUUCCAGUUCCCUGCGAAGUUUACGACGAACCUGGCAGCGUUCCACAACAUGGAAUGCUCUGCAAUGACAUUAGCGCCCCUUGUUAUAAGCGAAGGACCGGUUUACGCGGCCGGCAUGCGCAGGCCGCAUUUUCUUUCGGGUGUGUGUUUUAUUUCUCGACAGGCCGCCCCGACCGGCUCGCUUCCACUCGCCGUGCUCUCAGACAGACACCCUCGCCCGAGAUAUCACGUGCCUUAUCGCGGAAGCAGCCAACGAGCCUGCCUGCUACGCGAGAGGGCACAAGGAAAAGUUGAUAGGAGCUGUGUGACGCCGUUCAGUGGUCUGCUGUUUUUCUGCCCCGCCAGCGGAUAGUAGUCCACGACGCCGUACUCUCUCAGUUCCAUCAUCGCUGCUGUCGGCCGUUGGUGACAGAACCGUAGCAAGCAUGUCUUCGGCUCCAGGUGAAGCAACGGUGUUAUCCGGAAGGCAAAUUGCCAAGGAAAUCCGGGAAAAGUUGGCAGCAGAGGUCAAGGCCAUCAAAGUCAAGCACCCCGAGUUCAGGCCUAUGCUCGCCAUUGUACAGGUUGGAGGCCGAGAGGAUUCCAAUGUGUACAUUCGUAUGAAGCGCCGGGCAGCUGAGGAAGUUGGCGCCGAAUCCCAGCACAUCAAGUUUCCUCGCACCAUCACGGAAGAUGAGCUGGUGAAGGAAGUGGACACACUGAACAACGACCCCACCAUCCAUGGCAUCAUUGUCCAGCUGCCGCUGGAUUGUGACACCAACAUUGACUCCAACCGGAUCACAAAUGCAGUCUCACCUGAGAAGGAUGUGGAUGGGAUCCACGACCAGAAUGCUGGCCGUCUGGCACACGGAGAGUUGGAAGGCUUCUUCAUCCCCUGCACACCGAGGGGAUGCCUUGAAUUGAUCAAGCGUUCAGGUGUCUCUAUUGUGGGUGCUCGAGCCACAGUCCUUGGCCGGAGCAAGAUUGUGGGUUCUCCGAUGUCGUCACUGCUGCUGUGGAACCAUGCCACAGUGACCACUUGCCACUCAAAGACCAAAGACCUGCCGUCAGUGUGCCGUGAAGCCGACAUCUUGGUGGUGGCCAUUGGCCGCCCGCGAAUGGUCAAGGCUGAGUGGGUCAAGCCUGGCGCUGUGGUGAUUGACUGUGGCAUCAAUGCCAUCCCAGAUGCGACCAGAAGCUCGGGCACCAGGCUUGUUGGUGAUGUGGACUUUGACGAGGUUAAGAAGGUUGCGUCUUACAUCACGCCUGUCCCAGAGGGUGUGGGGCCCAUGACAGUCGCCAUGCUCAUUAGCAACACUGUCGAAUCAGCCAAACGCUGCCUCAAGGCCUCUCUUAAGGUGACAAAUUUUUCGUGGUCGAUGCGGUACCUGCCGCUCUCUCGCCAGACCCCCGUGCCUUCGGACCUGGACAUCGCGUUCGCCCAGAAGCCCAAGCUCAUCGAUGAGCUCGCCCGCGAGAUGGGGCUCGAGCCGCACGAGUGGGAACCGCAUGGUCGACACAAAGCCAAGCUGCUGCUCCCGCUGCUGAACAAGCAAGGCGCGGACGGCCACUACGUGCUGGUGACGGGCGUGAACCCGACCCCCUUGGGCGAAGGCAAGAGCACCACCUCGGUCGGAUUGUGCCAGGCACUGGGCGCCCACCUGGGCCGCAAUGCGAUCGCCUGCCUGAGGCAGCCCUCGCAGGGACCCACCUUUGGCAUCAAGGGCGGCGCCGCCGGUGGAGGAUACGCGCAAGUCAUCCCGAUGGACGACCUGAACCUGCACCUGACGGGCGACAUGCACGCCGUGACCGCGGCCAACAACCUGCUGGCGGCGCAGCUUGACGCGCGCAUGCUGCACGAGUCGACGCAGCAGGACGCGGCCCUGUUCGCGCGCCUCGUGACGCCACGCAAGGGAGACAAGUGCUUCUCGGACUCGCAGCGACGGCGGUUGGCCAAGCUGGGCCUGCCCGUCGACGCGAAGCCCGAACAGCUCAGCACCGAGCAAGCCAGGCGCUUCGCCCGACUCGACGUGGACGUCGACAGCAUCACAUGGAAUAGGGUAAUGGACACCAACGACCGCUUCCUUCGUCGCAUAACGAUCGGCCAGGGACCAGCAGAAAGCAAAGUUGCACGACAGACCCAGUUUGACAUCACGCCAGCCAGUGAAGUGAUGGCAGUCCUAGCACUGGCCAAGGACAUGGAAGAUCUCCGGGACAGGCUGCGGUCCAUCGUUGUGGCCAGUGAUCGCCAAGGGAACCCCGUCACGGCGGACGACCUGGGUGCAGCAGGGGCCAUGCUGGUUCUUCUGAAGGAAGCCGCGUGUCCGACGCUCUUGCAGACGCUAGAGGGCACGCCGGUGCUCAUCCACUGCGGCCCCUUCGCCAACAUUGCCCACGGAAACUCGUCCGUCAUCGCCGACCGGAUGGCUUUGAAGCUGGUCGGUCCUAACGGAUACGUGGUAACCGAGGGCGGCUUCGGCGCCGACAAUGGCAUGGAGAAGUUUGUGGACAUCAAGUGCCGGGCGUCCGGCCUCUCGCCCAGCGCAGUCGUCAUCGUGGCCACUGUGCGAGCCCUGAAAGUGCAUGGCGGAGGACCUCCGAUCGCGCUGGGCGCCCCACUGCCGGUGCAGUACAGCAGCGAGGACGUGUCCCUGGUGCGCAGUGGCUUCUGCAAUCUUGCGCGCCACAUCGAGAACGCGGCCAAGCUGGGACUGCCCGCCGUGGUGGCCAUUAACGCCUUCUCGACGGACACCGCGGCUGAGCUCGAGCUCGUGCGCGAGAUGAGCCUGUCUGCGGGAGCCCAGGGCGCCGUCGUGUGCCGGCACUGGGAGCUAGGAGGAGAGGGUGCCGUAGACCUGGCACGGGCGGUCGAGGACGCGUGCGCCAAGCCCAGGCCGCAGCUGCGCUUCACCUACGACCUUUCGCUGAGCAUCGAGUCCAAGCUAGAGGCCGUGGCCCGCACCAUUUACGGAGCCCGCUGCGUGGAGCUCAGCGCGCAGGCCAAGACGCAGGCCGAGCGCUUCGAGCGUCAGGGCUACGGAAAAAUGGCCGUUUGCAUCGCCAAGACGCCGCUCUCGCUGUCGCACGACCCGAAGCUGCUGGGUUCGCCCCGAGACUUCGUGCUGCCCGUGCGGGAACUGAGGCUCAGCGCCGGCGCUGGCUUCAUCUACGCGCUGGCCGGUGACGUGACCACCAUGCCCGGCCUGCCGACCAGACCGGCACUGAUGGACAUCGACCUGGACAUAGCCACUGGACAGCCUAUCGGACUUUUCUGAAGAGAAUCUCGGAGCGUGUAUGAAUGCUCAAAGCGUACACACACGACCUAUAGCGCUAUGAUUCGAAAUGCAUUUGUGGGGGCGAAAAGCUAGAAAACGCGUACGCUACCCUUGCGCCUUGUGCCCACUGUUUCCAGUAGGAAUCCCCGUGGAUGUGACCCAAGGAUGUCUUCAUUAGACAACCCGUGGAAAUCAAUCCAUCAGAUCGUUCCUAUUUCCCCUUGUGCAGAAAGGAAACGAGCAGCCAUAUAUCAAAGCGGCUGCAUUAAGCAACUAAACGGGAUGUCUGCCCCUCGAUCACCUCCCUAAUUUCACAGCAAUGGGCAGCUAGAAAAUACAGCUCGGUACAUAUUGUGUUGAGCAGGUAUUUAAACAAUUAAUUAGCAUGGAGAAGAUGUUCUCACAUGAGAAAAAAAUAAGGUAUGAAACACUAUUAGGUAUUAUUGGUCCGGCAAGCAGUGACAAAGCACAUAUAUUUUUGUGGCAUAUAUUUUUGCACGCGGAUUCCUUUGUUUCGAAACGUGAACAUUGAAUAAAGAGGAACCACAUCAUG